AUGACUCAGCCAAGUGAAUUCGAGAUGUCUCUUUUGAAUGCAAUUAUCCACGGUUAUACCUUGAAUCAAAAAUAUUACAAUUGUUCGGAUCCACGUGGCAUAGAAGGUAUCAAAGUUCAACAAGAUUUGCUUGGCUGGUAUUUCUUGGUGACUGGCGUUGUUUUUGUAGUAAGUUUUUUGUAGAGAACCUUCCAUAUGUUAUUGAUUUGUUAAUUCAGACUCUCUAUAUUCCAUGUGUUAUUUCUGGCCUCAAAUCUGAUUUGAUGAAUACAUCUUGCUAUAAAAUUAUGCUAUGCCUAUCAGUUUUUGAUAUUUUAUCACUUAUCACUAAUUCUAUCGCAACUGGUUUUUUCUGCCUAACAGCCUCUAAUUUCUGUGACUACCCAAAAGCAAUCUUCACUUUUGGUGCAAUGGGAUGUGGUUCCUGGAUGGGUGGAUGCUUAUCCUGCGUUAUGCUAGCAAUCAAUAGAUGUUGCGACCUAAACCCAAAUCUCAAACUUCGUUGGAUCUUUGUAGGCAAACGAACUUAUGUUACGAUUGGUGUUAUUGUGACCUACGGGUUAUAUGCAAUGUUUCUUACCAAACCUAUCAUUUUCACAUCCGAGUAUGUAACCUGGUUUUUUAACCCAAGAGUUAGCACAAAUCCCCUGUGGUAUGUGAAUUUGGCGCAUACCACUAACAAUUGUGUGGUCUCAAUUUGCACCACCUCUCUCUACACUUACCUCUGCAUCCUGUUGAUCCAUAAAUCCCGCCACGCAUCUUCUGAAGCAGUUAGCCGAACUCAACGUCAAGUAUUCUUCCAAUCCGUGAUAAUUUGUUCUUUCAACGCAAUCGCUGCGUAUAUUUACGUUUACAUGCAAUAUUUCUAUUCUCCCCCAAUUAUUAUGCUUAUUGGUCAAUUUGCCUGGCAAUUUAGUAAUGGUAAGUGGAACAGGAUCGACUUUCAAUAACUCAAUUUUGCCGUCAGGCUCUGUGUGCAUCGUCUAUCUCACAAUGAAUCGAACUAUUCGAAAAGGCGUCUACGAGAUGUUGGUUCCAAAAAAGAUCUGUGAGAAAACCCGCGCAACAGUGAACACAGCUACCGUCAAACCACCAACCAAAUCCCGUUCCAACGGAACUGUUUUCUAA